AUGAUUCACCUUUCGGACCUUUCAGUCCUGCAACUUUCCGGAUUUGGAGCAGGAGCGGUAAAUAACCGAGAGAAAUCCAGGAUAUGUCUGAUGCCGUGCUAAUUCUUCUUAGUAUUUCCUAUAUUUGUUUUGCAGAGCCAUCUACAGGAUCUACUUCCAUCCACUCGCCAAAUAUCCUGGACCAAGAACAGCCAACUUUUCGGAGUUUUGGCAUGCCAAGCAUUGGUUGGGUGGCAGAUGGGCUCAUGAUAUCCAAGAUGCCCAUAGAAAAUAUGGUUUGUUUGAAGCAUUCUACUAAGUUUUCGGCAACUCACACAAUAUAGGGAAAUUUGUCCGCAUCGCUCCUAAUGAGCUCAGUGUGCUUUCGGCCGUCGGCGCUAAAGAGAUCUAUGGUCACGUAAACAAAGAUAAGAAGCCGUUUUUGAAGUCUGCAUUCUAUGAUGGUACAGGAGCUCCCAACCUUGUCACCGAGCGAGAUCCCGUUAGACACGCAAGUACUCGCAGAGCACUGGCAGCAGCGUUUAGCGUCAAAUCCCUUCGAGACCAGACCGGUAUUGUUGUUAAAUAUGUCGACCAGUUUGUCGAACAGUUGGAAAGACUUGGAAAUACUCCUGAAGGCGUACCGAUGGAAGAAUGGUACAACUGGUUGACAUUUGACAUCAUCGGUGAUCUUACAUUUGGGGAGCCAUUCGGCGCUAUCGAAGCUGGUAUAUUGUAUUCCUUUUUGAUUGCUAAAAUACUGGAGGCUAACCGUUAAAGCUAAAACACCUCCAUGGAUCCGUUCGCUCCAGGGACUCAUAUAUAUGACAGCUUACAUGGACACCAUGGUUCGCUUUCCAUUAGUACAAAAAGUGCUUCCCUUGUUUACUUCGAGACUUAGAGAAGUCAAGCAACUGUCGGUUGAUCACUUCGAAAGCACGCAUGCAAAGGUUCAACGGCGUCUACAACAAGAGAACAACCGAGACGAUUUCUUCUCCCAUUUCCUCCGUGCCAAACAUCGCAAUAUCGCGACCGAGUUCCUCGAUCAGCAGUCGGUCAUUCUUAUCACAGCCGGCUCUGACACAACCUCGACAACUCUAGCAUCUCUCACCUACUAUCUGUGCAAAAACCCUCAUAUCCUUGCACGUCUGCAGGCUGAUGUUCGCGCGGCUUUCGAAACCAGCGCCGAAAUCGACGGCGUCAACACCACUAAAAUUCCUUACCUGGUUGCAGUCAUCGAAGAAGCGCUCAGGAUUUGGACUUCUGUCCCCGGUGGACUUCCACGCGAAUCACCGGGAGCAAUGGUUGACGGAGAAUUUGUACGUAGCACAGGACUUUGCAGAAAGAUAGGAAUACGCCUACUGACAAUGACAGAUCCCUAAGGGUACCAUCAUACACGCGCCCCCUUUUGCCCUCCUACGUUCAGAGCACUACUGGCAUAAAGGAGAUUCGUACUGCCCUCAACGCUGGCUCCCGAAGGAUGACCCUGAGUAUGAUGUUGCCUUUGACAAUGACAACCAUGACGCAUUCAAGCCAUUCAGUCAGGGAUCUAGAGCUUGUAUUGGCAUCAACCUGGCCUAUAUGGAGGUUAGAAUCACCCUAGCAAAACGUACGUAUCUUAUACUUCAACUUUCAGAUCAUUUUGGCAUAUCACACACUAACAUUUUGCGCCUUCUAGUUGUUUGGCAUUUUGACUGGGAACUAAUUCGUAAAGAUCUUGAUUGGGAAAAGGAAUGUCGUGUCCAAAUCGUAUGGCAGAAGCCUGAAUUUAGAGUUAGAAUGGUACCAAGAGCAAGUUAA